UCUGAUCUCUGGAACAGGAGAAAAAAAGGCAGGGAUGAAACACUGUCACGUUUCAGAGGGGACACGUUCAUCCAAACACAGAUAGAAUGUGAAGACACAGAGAAAAUGAACCAGAGUUUCUGUCAGAGGCCAGAAACACAAAAUGUUUUCAGCAAAUCCAUCCUCUCUGUGUUUCGUCAGAAGAGCCCCAGUAAAGACUCAACCGGCUUGUGGAGGAGAAGAAAGGAGAACAGAUUCAAGGUUCUGGCAGGUUUCAGAAAAACAAUGGACUGUGAAAUGGAAGGAGAACAACAGAAAAUGGAUCCUACUGCAGAGAGCAGGAAGAUUAUCACUCGAUCAGCUAAAAGUGAUCAGCAGUCUGUGCCCCACCGGUAUCCUGCUGGGACCUGGGACCUGCGAAAGAACCACUGGCAACAAAAAUAUGCCCAUUUGUUCCGUAAUAACAAGRCAGCUGCUGGUUCUUGGAAAGAAAAACCUUCCAAUGCGUCACUGAACCGAAAUCUUCGUGUUAAGGACACACUGGAUAUUUGGGCUCUGCGCAAACAACGCAGAGAUAAGGGGGUAGCUCACUUGAGAGGGACUGAUCUGGAAGAUAUGGAUUGGCAAAAUCAGGAAACAGAGACCAGUUUCAACAACCCUAAACUGGGAAAUGACGUCUCUAAUCAACCAGUGAGAUUUAAUCUGGGAACCACUGACAUCACCAGCUUUUCCACUUCAGUGGGGRACUCAUUUGAUCUCUGGAACAGGAGAAAAAAAGGUAGGGAUGAAAUACUGUCACGUUUCAGAGGGGACACGUUCAUCCAAACACAGAUAGAAUGUGGACACAGAAAAAAUGAACCAGAGUUUCUGUCAGAGGCCAGAAACACAAAAUACUUUCAGCAAAUCCAUCCUCUCUGUGUUUCGUCAGAAGAGCCUCAGUAAAGACUCAACCGGCUUGUGGAGGAGAAGAAAUGAGAACAGAUUCCAGGUUCUGGCACGUUUCAGAAAAACAUUGGACUGUGAAAUGGAAGUAGAUCAACAGAGAAUGGAUCCUACURCAGAGAGCAGGAAGAUUAUCACUCGAUCAACUACAAGUGGUCAGCAGUCUGUGCGCCACCGGUAUCCCGCUGGGAUUUGGGAACUUCGAAAGRACCACUGGCAACAAAAAUAUGCCUAUUUGUUCCGUAUUAACAAGACAGCUGCUGGUUUUAACAAACAACAGCAGGAGAACAGAAAAAACUCAAAAAAUGUUUUCCACAAAAAACAAUCCUGCCAUCAGAAUAACUUUGGGUCCAACAAAGGUUCUACCWGGGCUGGCGGUCUGAAAAGACAUCCAAGAUAUGAAAGGGUCAGCACAAAAACACAGAAACAAAACAACAUGUCCUAUAAAUGGAGAGAAAACCCACACCAACAGCAAAACCUUUUCUCACAUCACCAUAUGUUUGUUGAUAAUCAAAAGAACAACCGGCAUUCGUUCUACCAAAGAAACAGUCCUGGAAACUCCAGAACGCCUUUCCAGAGAAAAGGUUCUACAUCCUACCAGAACCAUCAAAAAGGUAGUGAUGUGCAGAAUAGACACAAACGUCAACUGGGCUCACUGCGUGUGAAAUGGAACAAAUUCACGAGAACCAGAAACAAUUUGCAUUUCCGGAAAAAAUUUUAGUGUGAAUGCCUCUUUUUUAA